UAUUCGCGGAUUUUUGCCGAAUUUGUCAAACUGUCGAAAGACAUCAGCCCAACGCCGAGGGCAUUCACAGGGUCACACAUGGCAUGGCAGGCAUGUUGAUGGCUCAGUUGGUCUUGAUUUCUUUGGCUGUUAAGCUCCCACCUUCUAAUAUUGGGGAGGAAAUGGUAAAAGGAAGGCAUAAAGGCUAGAAGCAGAGCAGGUCCCUCCGAUUUUACUCUGUUUCACCGAGCGAGCGAGAGAGAGAGAGAGAGCUAUAUGUGUAUUUCGGAAGCUAAAUAGUAAGGUUAAGCGGCGAUGAGGAGCUUCACAAGAUUGUUUACUCGAAUCGUUCGAAGUAGAAGAGAACUCCAUAGAGAAGAUAAGGCCCUUUUCUCUAGUCGUCGCCUCUUCUUUGCUUCUUCUACAAGAGCUUAUUUAUUUCACCAGAAUCAAAACAAAUUUGCCGCUUUCAAUCCAUCAAAUUCAUUGCCCGCAUCAUCAUCCAACUUCACAAAAUGGGGCCUUUUUGGAGGACAGAAGAGGAGCAUGUUUAUUCAAACCCAGACGACACCAAACCCUUCGUCUCUUAUGUUCUACCCUGGGAAACCAGUCAUGGAAGUUGGAAGUGCAGACUUUCCAAAUGCUCGUUCAGCCAUGAAUUCUCCUCUAGCAAAAGCUCUCUAUGGCAUUGAUGGAAUUACUCGAGUAUUCUUUGGAUCAGAUUUUAUAACUGUGACAAAGUCAGAUGAUGUGUCUUGGGAUCUCCUAAAACCUGAAAUUUUUGCAGCAAUCAUGGACUUCUAUACUUCUGGAGAGCCACUGUUUCUAGACUCUAGUGUGGCAGCUUCCAUGGACAAUGUGAUUCAUGAGGAUGAUUCAGAGACAGUUGCGAUGAUCAAAGAACUACUAGAGACUCGUAUACGACCAGCAGUGCAAGAUGAUGGUGGGGACAUUGAGUAUCGAGGAUACGAUCCAGAAACUGGAGUGGUCAAACUGAGGAUGCAAGGAGCCUGCAGUGGCUGUCCUAGUUCAUCAGUGACUCUGAAAUCAGGCAUUGAAAACAUGCUCAUGCAUUAUGUACCAGAGGUUAAAGGUGUCGAACAAGAACUAGAUGAUGAAGAUGAAGCAGAAAAUCUUACCAGCCAGAUGGAUUAACACCCAUAAUUGAGAUCUAACAAAUAUUGGUUCAUCUCAAAGUCUCAACACUUAAACCCAGCAGUGAACCCAACAGUAUCAAGAGCUUUUAAUUGAAGAAGCAGCAUUGGUUUUAUAGGAGGUUCCUGCAGGACUAUUAUUUCACAAUGUAGCAGUGUACACCUGUCAGUUCUCUUUUAAAAUGUCGUCAGUGUAACGAAUUAUUGAUGAGGAAUGUGGAAGAAAUCAGGGUGUAUAAAAGCACUGUUUGCCAUCUUAGAUUCUUUUAUUAUUAUAAUUUUAAUGGCAACAUCUGAUAUUUUGUUCUA